AUGCUUCAUUCGCCUCACAAACAACCACAGAACCACAAGUGCGGUGCAAACUUUCUCCAGGAGGACAGCAAGUCUCUGGUUUUUAAAUGGUUAAUCUCCGCAGGUCACUACCAGCCACCGAGACCAACAGAGUCAGUGAGUGCUCUCUAACCACAGUCUAUGCAGUAAUAGUAGGUCCUUCAAAUAUUUGCUCAUUCUCUUUUUGUUUUGUUUCCUUGCUUUUCACAUGUUACCAGCUACAUAAUUUCUUGACAGAAAAAAAUAAAUAUAAAGUCUAUGUACUCCAGACAUACUGUAAAACUAAAACAAAGUUUGGGUAUGGUUUGUAUUUUCAGUUUAAGGCUGCAAGCAGUAUUUACAAGAGAGGGUACAAGUUCUAUCUGAAAAAAAAAGGAGGGACUAUGGCAUCAAACAGCCUCUUCAGCACAGUGACACCAUGUCAGCAAAACUUCUUUUGGGAUCCGAGCACCAGCCGGCGUUUCAGCCCCCCCUCCAGCAGCCUGCAGCCCGGCAAGAUGAGCGACGUGAGCCCGGUGGUGGCUGCCCAACAGCAGCAGCAGCAGCAACAGCAGCAGCAGCAGCAGCAACAGCAGCAGCAGCAGCAACAGCAGCAGCAGCAGCAGGAGGCGGCGGCAGCAGCGGCGGCGGCGGCGGCUGCUGCAGCGGCGGCCGCCGCGGUGCCCCGGUUGAGGCCGCCACACGACAACCGCACCAUGGUGGAGAUCAUCGCCGACCACCCGGCCGAACUCGUCCGCACCGACAGCCCCAACUUCCUGUGCUCGGUGCUGCCCUCGCACUGGCGCUGCAACAAGACCUUACCCGUGGCCUUCAAGGUGGUAGCCCUUGGAGAGGUACCAGAUGGGACUGUGGUUACUGUCAUGGCGGGUAAUGACGAAAAUUAUUCUGCUGAGCUCCGAAAUGCCUCUGCUGUUAUGAAAAACCAAGUAGCAAGGUUCAACGAUCUGAGAUUUGUAGGCCGGAGUGGACGAGGCAAGAGUUUCACCUUGACCAUAACUGUCUUCACAAAUCCUCCCCAAGUAGCCACCUAUCACAGAGCUAUUAAAGUUACAGUGGAUGGUCCUCGGGAACCCAGAAGGCACAGACAGAAGCUUGAUGACUCUAAACCUAGUUUGUUCUCUGACCGCCUCAGUGAUUUAGGGCGCAUUCCUCAUCCCAGUAUGAGAGUAGGUGUCCCGCCUCAGAACCCACGGCCCUCCCUGAACUCUGCACCAAGCCCUUUUAAUCCACAAGGACAGAGUCAGAUUACAGACCCCAGGCAGGCACAGUCUUCUCCACCGUGGUCCUAUGAUCAAUCUUACCCCUCUUACCUGAGCCAGAUGACAUCCCCGUCCAUUCACUCCACCACCCCACUGUCUUCCACAAGAGGCACGGGGCUUCCUGCCAUCACCGAUGUGCCCAGGCGUAUUUCAGAUGAUGACACUGCCACUUCUGACUUCUGCCUCUGGCCUUCCACUCUCAGUAAGAAGAGCCAGGCAGGUGCUUCAGAACUGGGCCCUUUUUCAGACCCCAGGCAAUUCCCAAGCAUUUCAUCCCUCACUGAGAGCCGCUUCUCCAACCCACGAAUGCACUAUCCAGCCACCUUUACUUACACCCCGCCAGUCACCUCAGGCAUGUCCCUCGGUAUGUCCGCCACCACUCACUACCAUACCUACCUGCCACCACCCUACCCCGGCUCUUCCCAAAGCCAGAGUGGACCCUUCCAGACCAGCAGCACUCCAUAUCUCUACUAUGGCACUUCAUCAGGAUCCUAUCAGUUCCCCAUGGUGCCGGGGGGAGACCGGUCUCCUUCCAGAAUGCUUCCGCCAUGCAGCACCACCUCGAAUGGCAGCACGCUAUUAAACCCCAAUUUGCCUAACCAGAAUGAUGGUGUUGACGCUGAUGGAAGCCACAGCAGUUCCCCAACUGUUUUGAAUUCUAGUGGCAGAAUGGAUGAAUCUGUCUGGCGACCAUACUGAAAUUCCUCAGCCAUGGCCCAGCAGUGGCCCAGCGGUAUCUAGGGCCACAUCCCACAUGUAUCGAUAUAUACAUAUAUAGAAAGUGCAUAUAUAUGUAUAUCAACUAACUAUCUACAAAGUGCCUGUUUUUUUUUUUUUAAGAAGAGGUUUCAUUCAUUCAGUCAGUCAUGAUCUGACCGACACAAAAGAGUAGAUGUUAGAAACAGAAGGCCCAAGAGAGAUGAUCAUAAUCGGGUUUCAGAUUGUUUACUAUUUAAGAAGUACUUUUGCAAUGAACAAACAAAGGAAAAGUUAUUUUUGAUGUUGCUUUUGGUCUGUUGUAAAUAACCGGUUAACGGGCUGAUUCUGAGAUGUGGCCUCCGGACACAGGAGGUAAAGGAGCAAAGCUGCUUCCUCUCUGUGCCCAAAGCUGCAUGGCCUGGUCGCAGCCGAGCAGGCCUGUGCCCUCUGCCGAGCAGCUUACUAAAUCAGUGGGGGUGCUGCGAGGGGACAGGUAGAAUGGAUGCGUCCCUUCCAGCAGCAGGUGUCUGCGGUGAUUGUCCAGGAUAUGCUCACAGGCCUGCUGCGGGCACAUAUUUGAACUAUCUGAGUCAGUUUCAUCCCCCGCCCCCCAUUCUUCCUCUAAGAAAGUGACUUCAAAAAUACUGAUCAGGAUAGAUUAUUUUAUUUUGCCUUUUUAAUACUUUUUCUCUGUUCUCCCAUUUAACCAAAAAGAAAAUCCCAUCCUUUAAAGCUUUCCUUCUCCUAUUAUGCAAAACUUAAAAAAUGGCAAUACCUUAUUCUAGCCAUAAUGGUAUAGAUAGUAUUUGCGUUUGGCUGUGUGUUAUUUGUUUUCUUUUUUUUUUUAAAUUAUGAAUAUGUGUAAAAAUCUGAGGUAACUUGCUAACGUGAAUGGUCAUAUAACUUUAAAGAUAUAUUUAUAAUUAUUUAAUGACAUUUGGACCCUUGAAACAUUUCUUAGUGUAUUGAUAUGUUGACUUCGGUCUCUAAAAGUGCUCUUUAUUAAAUAACAAAUUUCUUCCGUGGGCUAGAGCCAUAUCUGAAAUAUUGCUAAGCAAUUUCAGUUUAUCCAGGCACAAUGUGAUUUUAAAAAAUGCUUCCGUCUCCAUGUAUUUUAGAUGUAGCUUGUUUUUGUGACGUAUGAAGGAAAUGUUAUGUUUAAUUCUUUCCUAUCUAGGAUUGCCUCUAACACAGCUUUGCCUUUUAAAGCAAUAAUUAUGGAUUUAAAAAGCAACUCGUAGCCCUUUGUCACUCACAUUGCCCUUUAUCAGCAUGAAAUGCUGGAGUGAUGUGGUUUCCUAAUUUCAUUUGGGUCAUUAUGAUUCUUGUCAUAUAAAAACACAAGCACAACUGAAUCACUGACUGCAGAGAAAUGUUCUGUGGUUUCGUAGUUAAGCAAAACUCUAAAUUACCAGGCUUCAUAGUGAAGACAUAGUUUAGAGCCAUGCAUAUGGAUAAAGGAUCCAUCGUGAUAAACAGAGGACAGGAAAGCAAAAUUGCACCAGGGAUUCUUAACCAGUUGGCCUUACCAAGCAGUACAUCAGGGGAACCAAAUCUGCCUUAUCUGAGUCCCCACCAGGUAGAACUUCCCACAUGAUUUGCAUUGGAAGGAGCAGAAUGGAACCACUGUCCUAUGGGAGGAGUUAUCUCAAUAGCGACCCAUCCUGCACAGGUAUUGAUCUGAGAGCACACACAGCCCAACUGGCACCCACAUACAGCCUUUGACAUUGGCAUUCCUCGUGAUGGAGGAUCCAGGGAGGGCUAGGCAGUGGGGCGUUUGGCGCUUACUACUGUGUAUGAAUUUGAACAAGAGCCCUCCUGUAGGAUGCACUUUGUCCACUCCAGAGCCCAUAUGUCACAUUCCCAGGUGUGAAUCCUUAAUCCAAGCUAGGAUCACUUGAUGACAACACCAGACGAAUCCCUGCCCGCUCUCAAAGGUCAAGUCCACUGGUGCUCGUGCUGUCUUCCUGAGCAGGGCUGGCAGAGGUUUCCUCCACUGCAUGGGUUCUUCAGCCAUUCUGAAACCCACCUCAUCUUCACAGGCUGCCAGGCCAUGCAGGACAGUGUGUGGGGCAGCCAAACCUAUGCUUUCUACUAGAAAGUUUCCCUUGGAAUUCAUCCUGACGCCUGCCAAUAAAAAUGGAGGAGAAAGAGAACAAAACAAAACAAAACAAAACAAAACAAAACAAAACACUUUGCCUUCUAAAGGAUGUAUACCAAGUAUGCUUAGAUAAAUAAGCCACUUUUCUAUUGCUUAAGAUGGAAGUAGUAAUUGAUACUAUUUAUUAUUUGUGUGUGGUAGCUUGAAGCACGCCACUGUCCAUUUAUUUUUAAGUGUGAAAUAUGUGUGUUUGUCUCAGCAGCACUUAAAAAUACCAGUGUCUGGUUAUACAUUUCCAGUUUAAUUAAUUGACAUAAAAAUGUUACCACCAGUGCCAGCUGCACCCUAUUUAAUGAAAAAGGUACUCUAAUUGUGCAUUCUUUUUUAAUAUUAAAGGACUUUUUAAAGUUUACAGUACACAUAAUGAGUACACAUAGGGAUGCUCUAGUGUUGAAAUGUUAUUAGAGUGGCUGCAGGCAGCAACCCAGAAACACUUUAAAAAGUUUUUUUUCCUUCAGAAAAAUUCAAGCACUUCUUUGCUACACUCUCACUUACCACUCCAAUGGGUAAUUGACAUUUCUUCAACAAAUUCUGUUCUUUGGCCCAGGGGUUAAAACUAUCUUUUCAUUGAACCCUUUGUUUGUACUGGGUGUCGUGUAUAAGAUUUGUGAUUUCAAAACCAAACUAAAAUUUCACUUGUAUCAUGAACCAUGUACUAGUCAACACUGUCUUUCUUUGGGGUUAUAGUGUGGUUUCUUAUGUAGUGCAAACAUUGCUGGAAUUCACAGCGUGACCAGUGCAUUUUUUGAAAAAGUCCAUUUCGGUUGCUCACAAAUUUUAACCUAUGUCAGAGUUCCCAGAGCAGGUGCCACAACUUUAGCUAUAGAUUAGUAGAGAGACUUCAUUCAGUCCUGAGAGACUCAACAUUUGAGCUGUUUGCUUUUUAGAUUGUCAUGCCUCAUCCACCUUCAGGACUUUAAAAAUGAGCAGAAAAAUCCACACAGUUAGCGAGCCUCCAUUGUAAAUUGAGAAGGGAGGAGAUGUGUACUGGCCUCCAAGGUCCCCUCUAUGCUGAGGAAAGGGACUGACCCAGGAUCUGGGCUAAAGAUGCUGAAAUACAAAGUAUUAGCAGAAGAGAUCAUUACAUCCAUGGUACUGAAGGAACAAAAAAUAAUACACAGAAUAAAUGAUGACUCUUCCAAACCUUGAAUUUGUUGUUCUUAAAAAGAUAAUACAUUUAAAAAUUAUUUCUAUGUGAGAAUUUCUUAGGUGUUUGUUUACUUCAUGUUUACAAAUAACUGUUUGCUUUUUAAUGCAGUACUUUGAAAUAUAUCAGCCAAAACAUAACUUACAGUAAUUUCUUAGGUAUUCUGAAUAAAAUUCCAUUUUUUGGAUAUGCUUUACCAUUUUUAGAUUUCUGUGGAACAAAAAUAUUUGUAGCAUUUUGUGUAAAUACAAGCUUUCGUUUUUAUUUUUUUUCCAGUUGCUAUUGCCCAAGAUUUGCUUUCCAUGCACAUAUUGUACAAAUUCUGCUUUGUGCCACAGGACAUGAUUGUGGAUGAGUUUACCCUUAACUUCAAAGGGACCAUUUGUAUUGUAUGUUGCAACUGUAAAUUGAAUUAUUUGGCAUUUUUCUCAUGAUUGUAAUAUUAAUUUGAAGUUUGAAUUUAAUUUUCAAUAAAAUGGCUUUUUUGGUUUUGU